AUAUAUGUAAUGAGUAAUGACUAUUGAUACCAAAUAUAUAUCUUUAUUCUUUAAUCGUACUUCGUAAAGCGUGCUUCGAUCAUCGGUGCUAGAACUUUGAAAUUCAUGUCUGAAGAUUUAGAUUGGGUUGGUUCAAUAACACCAAACUGCGGUAGUUAAUUUGUCAUAGUUAGUUGUUUUUUUUAAUACAAUACCUAUGACACGUCCAGACGUCUUUACAUUUUAGUUUUCCAUUAAAUUAUUUUCCCGCUCAUUAAGAUCAUAUCAAACUUGUGCUAUUUUACAGUUAGAUCCAAUUAUGGAUGUAAGUACAUGCAGCUCUAAAGACGACUCAAAUCAAUGGAACAACUUAUUAUUAGAUGUACAAAAUAAAAGUAGGAAAAAAUUGCCAGAAAAUAAAAAUGUGCUGUUGCUAGGCGAUAGUAAAUCGGGUAAAACAACCUUAGUUACUAAACUUCAAGGGUUGAAAGAUUCAAAACAAGGAUGGGGUAUGGAGUAUGGUUACAUUCAAGUACGUGAUGAUAGUUCUGAUGAGAAUGCUCAGUUAAAUGUUUGGACAUUAGACGGCGACCGAUCAUUGAAGUACUUAAUCAAAUUUGCGUUAAAUGAACAGAACUUUGAAAAUACUACAAUUAUUUUGGUUGCAUCAAUGAAACAACCUUGGAAGAUAUUAGAAUCAUUAGAAUAUUGGUCGGCUAGAUUACAGGACCAUAUCGAUAACUUAAAUUUGGGCAUGGAACUCACACAAAAUGUUAGAGACAAAUGUGUGGACAGAAUAAUUGAUUAUUCCCCACCUGAUGAUCCAUCGUAUGAGUCUUGUCCAAAAGUGAGACUUCUUAAUGAAGGUGUUUUGACAAAAAAUCUUGGUCUAGAUAUUAUUGUCGUUAUAACUAUGACUGAUUGUAUAAAAAGCUUGGAAAUAGAUAAUAAUUAUACCGAUGAGCAUUUUGAUUAUAUCCAGUGUUCCUUACGAAAAUUUUGCAUACAGUUCGGAGCAGCUUUAUUUUAUGUAUCUGCAAUGGAAGACAAAAACUGUGAUUUACUAUAUAAAUAUUUAAUGCACAGGAUUUAUCGUUUUCCAUUUAAGACGCCAGCUUUAAUAGUGGAAAAAGAUUCAGUGUUUGUACCUUCAGGCUGGGAUUCAUUGAAAAAAAUUUCAGUACUCCAUGAAAACAUGCAAACAAUUAGUCCUGAAUCUCACUAUAGUGAUGCUAUAACUCAUCCUUAUGAAAAACAUCAUAAAGAACACGAGCUUCACGAUGAAGAUGAACAAGAAUUUUUAGCUAAACAAUUAGUGUUGUUGAGCCAAACAGUUGUUCAACCUCAAACACCUGUAGCAAGAAAAUCUACAGAACUACAAAAACCAUUAUCGGCAAAACGUAUUACUGAAAAUCCCCCACCCAGCAGUGAAAGAGCAUUGGCUAGUUUCUUUAAUGCAUUGUUACAAAAAAAGCAAGAAUCUCCUGUUUCUAGGACUCCAACAAAGAAACCACUAGAUAAUAAUGGCUCACCAGUUUUAGAACAAUCCAAUGAUGAUUCAAACUCCAGUAUUUCAAAAUAAAGAUUUUUUUUUUAUUUAUGUGUAUAUAAAAAAGAAAGAUCAUGCCAUACGUUUUUAGAAUAUAAUUUAUAAAAUUUAAUAAUGUUGGUGAAUUAAAAAUACAAAAUAAUUUAGUUUUAAUAUACAUCUUUGUUGCAUUUUCAA